UCCAGGAAAGAGGCCUGCGUUCUUAGACACUCUAUUAAAGGCUUCAGAAGAAAAUCCAGACUUCACUGACGUGCAAAUCAGGGACGAAGUUGGUAUCUUCAUGAUUGCGGGUCAUGAUACAGUAUCUAUUUCUUUCGCAAUGUUCCUUUACCUAAUGGCGAAGCAUCCCGAGCAUCAGCAAUUGGUAGUUGACGAGUUGGCUGAGGUGUUUGGCGAUUCGAAUCGCCCUUGCACGGUCAACGAUUUCGCACAGCUCAAAUACUUCGAGUGUUGCAUUAAAGAGACGAUGAGGUUGUACCCCGGUCUCCCUAUAACGGUUCAUUCGGUUGGCGCAGACAUCAAAGCAGGUGAUUACACAAUUCCCAAGGGCGCGACUGUGGCACUCGACAUGUAUGCAAUGCAUCACAAUCCUUUCUAUUUCCAUGAUCCUGAAUCUUUCAAGCCGGAACGCUUUUUUCCGGAUAAUAGUAUAGGACGUCAUCCGUAUGCCUUUAUUCCAUUCAGCGCUGGUCCUCGUAAUUGUAUUGGUCACAAGUACGCCAUGUACAAGAUGAAGGUCAUGAUGGCCAACUUACUUCGCCAGUUCCGUUUUUCCGUCUCCGAUCCGUCCGCACCGCUAGAAAUUCCGACCUUUGCCGUUACACUAAAGGCUAGGAACGGCGUUCGCCUGAUUGCUUCUAGGAGAUCUAACUUCCUUUAAGAAGAUGCAAACAUUUUCGCCUUCUAGAGUUGUAGUCUGUAAGCGAUUAUUUUUUUUAAGCUAACAAUCGCAAAAUCUAACGGUCAACUGUACCUGCUAUGGAAAUUCCUGCAGGCCACAGAGUUUCAUUUAAACAAUUGGCUUUUAUUCUGAAGUGUUUAAGUGCAUUUGUUUUUCUGGUAUCCCCAUGCUUAGGCAAACGCCCGCGUUCAAUGGAAAAUCGAUAUCGCCAAGGAUAGAACUCGUUUAUGUUUAGUUAUUAUUCUUACGUGGCCAAGAGCGUGUCCCUUAAUUCAUGUGGAAGGGAUAAGCACAGCGUGCACUCAACUAUCAAAACGUACAUGGCCUAAUGGAACCUAGUUUUGGUUCAAAUUUUUAUGUCGUCGUAACAAAUACAUUAACAAUAGCGAUUCACCUUAAAACAGUUCCAGACAA